AUGAUGAUGACGAUGAUUAUGAAUGAGGCCGGUGAGGUCAUCUACAUCCCGCUGAGAAUCAUUGUGUAUCUAUCACCUCACUUGGGAGAAUUUUUUUACAAUCAAAUGGAUAAAUAUGCAAGGAAUUACUUAGCAGAAGGCGUAAAAAAUAAAGAAGAUAUUAUCGUUACGCCGGAUUCUGAAAUUUACAAAAAUCUCAACCAGCAUUACAAUCGAAAUAACCAUAUUCAAGUAAGAAACUAUUUAAAUUUUCUAAGAACUUUAAAUUGA